AUGUCUUGUAAUUACGCGGAAGGGCUAUCACCAUAUGAACAUAAAGGUGUCUUAGGCAUACCAGAAAAAUUUGAUGCUAUUGACAAAUUAAAUGAAAAAUGUGAAGUUUUAUCUCAUCUAAUAUCUGAAAGUAAACAUGUAGUAAUUCAUACAGGUGCUGGUAUUAGCACCUCAGCAGGGAUUCCUGAUUUUAGGGGACCGAAUGGUGUUUGGACUCUAGAAAAAGAAGGAAAACGCCCCUCAUGUAACAUAUCUUUUACGGAGGCAAAACCCACUAAAAGUCAUAUGAUAUUAAAGAAAUUAGUGGAGUGUAAUAAAGUCCAAUAUAUCAUUAGUCAGAACAUUGAUGGUCUUCACCUAAAAUCUGGUUUACCAAGGAAAUAUUUGUCUGAACUCCAUGGUAAUAUGUUCAUUGAUGAAUGUGGUCUGUGUAAAAGGCAAUUUAUUCGAAACUCACCUGUAGAAACUGUAGGCAAAAAAUGCAGUGGGGUUCCAUGUGCAUCGGAAUUAAACGGUGGCAGACCUUGUAGAGGGCGUUUAUACGAUGGAGUCUUGGACUGGGAACAUAGCUUGCCCGAAAAUGACUUAUUGAUGGCUGAAUGGCAUUCCAGUAUUGCAGACUUAAGUAUAUGCUUAGGGACAACAUUACAAAUCAUACCAAGCGGCAAUCUACCUCUCGAAACAGUGAAGUAUGGUGGAAAGUUGGUUAUAUGUAACCUGCAACCGACUAAACAUGAUAAUAAAGCAGACCUAGUUAUAAAUUAUUAUGUUGAUGAUAUAUUAGAAAAAGUAAUGGAGAUUUUAGGGUUAAAUAUACCAAACUACAAUGAAACCGAUGAUCCAACAAAGUUAGCAGAAUCUUCUAUCAUACAAUGGACAAUUAAUAAGAAUGAAGUCAUGGCAUUCGAGAAAGUGUUUAAAGCAAAAUGUAAAGGCGUGAAGAAAAAGAGAAUAUUAAUUAAAACAAAGAGAAAUAGUACAGAACUAUUGUCAAUGAAUGAUAUUAAACACGAAAAUAUCAAAGUCACUAAGUUGGAAAUAAAACAAGAAUGUUCA